AUGGGUACCCCAGGAAAGUCCAACCACCGUGCCUGGUGGAAAGAGAGCUCGGUGUACCAAAUCUGGCCUGCCUCCUUCAAGGAUUCAAAUGACGAUGGUAUCGGUGAUAUCCCCGGUAUCAUCUCGGAGUUGGACUACAUCAAAAACCUAGCCGUGGAUAUCAUCUGGCUGUGUCCAUCAUACAAAUCCCCACAGGUGGACAUGGGCUAUGAUAUCUCCGACUACUACAGUAUCGCCGAUGAGUAUGGCACAGUUCAAGAUGUCGAGAGGUUGAUUGCCGGGUGCCACCAGCGGGGGAUGAAACUUCUGAUGGACUUGGUCGUCAACCAUACCAGCGAUCAGCAUGAAUGGUUCAAACAGUCGCGCAGCUCCAAGGAUAACGAGUACCGUAACUGGUAUGUCUGGAAGCCGGCGAAGUAUGAUAAACAGGGCAACCGCCUGCCGCCCAACAACUGGGUGUCUCAUUUCCAGGGAAGUGUCUGGCAAUGGGACGAAUUGACCCAAGAAUACUACCUACACCUAUACGCGGUCGAGCAACCCGACCUCAACUGGGAACACCCACCUGUCCGCAAGGCCGUGCACGAGAUCAUGCGGUUCUGGCUCGAUAAAGGCUGCGACGGGUUCCGCAUGGACGUCAUCAACUUCAUCAGUAAGGAGCAGAGCUUCCCGGACGGACCCAUCAAAGACCGGCGGACUCCCUGGCAGUGGGGUGACAAGUGGUACGCCAACGGCCCGCGUCUGCAUGAAUACCUCGCGGAUCUUGGCAAGAUUCUCAAGGAGUACGAUGCUUUCAGUGUGGGUGAGAUGCCAUUCGUUGCCGACGAGAAAGAGGUGCUCCGUGCAGUGCAAUUCGACCGCAACGAAAUCAACAUGAUCUUUAACUUCGAACAUGUUGACAUUGACCACGGCAAAUAUGACAAGUUUGAGCCUGGGAGCUGGAAACUCACGGACUUGAAGAACUUCUUUGAGCGUUGGCAGACGUUCAUGUAUGCCAACGAUGGUUGGAAUGCACUCUACUGGGAGAAUCAUGACCAGCCGCGAUCUAUUGAUCGCUAUACAAGUGCUAGUGAGGAGCAUCGACUGGUCGCAUCUAAAAUGUUGGCUACUGCCCUGGCAUUUCAGGCCGGUACUCCGUUUGUUUACCAAGGACAAGAGCUGGGAACAAGGAAUGUGCCCACAUCAUGGGGUAUCGAAGAAUACAAAGACAUCGAUUGUCUGAAUCACUGGAAACGCAUCCGCAAGGACGACGCCGCUGCCCAGGCAAUUGCUCUACGGGAAUAUCAGAAGAAGUCACGCGAUAACGGACGCACUCCAGUCCAGUGGUCAGCUGCUGAGAACGCCGGUUUCACCGGACCUGGUGUCAAGCCCUGGAUGUCUGUGAACACCGAUUAUGUGCGGGUCAACGCCGAAGUCGAAGUCAAGGAUCCCAACUCAACAUACCAUUACUGGGCGACUGUACUGAAGUUACGCAAGAAGUACCUUGAUGUCUUUGUGUAUGGUGAUUUCACACUUCUGGAUAAACCAAACCAGGAGGUCUUUUCGUACACUCGACAGUAUGGAGACCAAAAGGCCUUGAUUGUGUGUCACUGGACAGAGAAGACUCUGGAGUGGGAUGCCGCCAGCAACGGUAUCACUGCCGUGAAGCAGGUCUUGCUUAACACCUAUGAUGGUGAUGAGGCUUCCCAGCCAUUCUCUGGUGGAAAGUGGACACUUCGACCCUAUGAGGCUGUCGUGAUGCUCCUGUGA